ACGAGUGGAAUAUGCCAGCCGCUUAGCGCCAAAUUCACCGUUCAAAGUCUCGCGCAGCGGGUCACGUGGCGGGUGCGCGGCCGAACGCGGGUUGACGGGUCUCGGACUUUGGUCGCGCGGGCAGCAACGUGGGGCCGAGGUGUCUCUAGGCUGGUGCGCGGGAUCCUGUUUCGGCAACUUUGAACCAGUGCAAUGGCGACUCCAGUCAACGGGGCGCACAAGGAUGCUGACCUGUGGGCCUCUCAUGAUAAAAUGCUGGCACAGCCCCUAAAAGACAGCGACAUUGAGGUUUACAAUAUCAUUAAGAAGGAGAGUAACCGCCAGAAGGUUGGAUUGGAGCUGAUUGCCUCAGAAAAUUUCGCUAGCCGAGCAGUUUUGGAGGCCCUGGGCUCUUGCUUAAAUAACAAGUAUUCUGAGGGGUACCCAGGCCAGAGGUAUUAUGGCGGGACUGAAUUUAUUGAUGAGCUGGAGAUACUCUGUCAGAAGCGAGCGCUGCAGGUCUAUGACCUGGACCCCCAGUGCUGGGGGGUCAACGUCCAGCCCUAUUCAGGUUCCCCUGCCAACUUUGCAGUAUACACUGCCCUGGUAGAACCCCAUGGGCGCAUCAUGGGCCUGGACUUGCCCGAUGGAGGCCACCUGACCCAUGGGUUUAUGACAGACAAGAAGAAAAUCUCUGCUACAUCCAUCUUCUUUGAAUCUAUGCCCUAUAAGGUGAACCCAGACACUGGCUACAUCAACUAUGACCAACUGGAGGAAAAUGCCCGCCUCUUCCACCCGAAGCUGAUUAUCGCAGGAACCAGCUGCUACUCCCGAAACCUAGACUACGCUCGAUUGCGGAAGAUUGCCGAUGACAAUGGGGCAUAUCUCAUGGCGGACAUGGCGCACAUCAGCGGGCUGGUGGCGGCCGGUGUGGUGCCCUCCCCCUUUGAACACUGCCACGUGGUGACUACUACCACCCACAAAACUCUGAGAGGCUGCCGAGCCGGCAUGAUCUUCUACAGGAAAGGAGUGUGCAGCGUGGAUCCCAAAACCGGCAAAGAGAUGCUGUAUAACCUGGAGUCACUCAUCAACUCUGCUGUGUUCCCAGGCCUGCAGGGAGGUCCCCACAACCAUGCCAUUGCUGGGGUUGCUGUGGCGCUGAAACAAGCCAUGACUCCGGAAUUCAGAGUUUAUCAGCACCAGGUGGUGGCCAACUGCAGGGCUCUGGCUGAGACCUUGAUGGAGCUGGGCUACAAAGUAGUGACAGGUGGUUCUGACAACCAUUUGAUCCUUGUGGAUCUCCGUUCCAAAGGCACGGAUGGCGGCAGGGCUGAGAAGGUGCUAGAAGCCUGUUCUAUUGCCUGCAACAAGAACACUUGUCCAGGUGACAGAAGCGCACUGCGACCCAGCGGGCUGCGACUGGGGACCCCAGCACUGACAUCUCGAGGACUUCUGGAAAAAGAGUUCCAAAAAGUAGCCCACUUUAUUCACAGAGGGAUAGAACUGACUCUGCAGAUUCAGAGCGACGUUGGUGUCAAGGCCACCCUGAAGGAGUUCAAGGAGAAACUAGCAGGCGACGAGAAGCACCGUAGGGCCAUCAGAGCUCUCAGGGAAGAGGUGGAGAGCUUUGCGUCUCUUUUCCCCCUGCCUGGCCUGCCCGACUUUUAGAGGAGCCACCAGGCUGCACCUACCCCAGUGCCAGAGUGUCGGGACUGCCCAGGAACGCUUGCCCAAGGACCCAGUGCCCUUCUGAGGAGAGAAAAGCACUGCCCCACACAGGAUCUGAUCAACUUCCGUAUGUUCUCUGAGGGGUUCUUUUGGGACUUUCUCCAAGUUAUCUUCACAAAUCAAAAUCUGUUUACUAAGGCCCACUGUUAGUAAUUCUGGGACAAGUUAUUAAGAAGUUUAAAUCUGAACCUUAUUUUCUCAGAACUACAUAUAUAGUUAUUCUGGAGAAAAGAAAUACUAUUUAGCCUUGAUUCAUUUAGACACUGGGGUAGGGCUGAGGUAUUGGAAAGAUUCCAUUAAUUUUACUCACCCUUCUCUUAAGAGUUACUGGGCUUCUUCCAACUCACUGCAGCAGAUAAGAAACACCCACAUUCAUAGCUUGGGAAAGCUUCCCAUUAUUAAUAUUUCGUUACCCAGUGGGACAUCAAAGGAGAAAUGAAUUAUGACAUAAGAACUGAAGACAGAAAUUCCUCCUAAAGCUUCUGCUAUGUGCUUUCAAUCAGAAUCCUAAGUCAGACAAGUCUUUAGAAGGUGCCAGUUUGUGGGUUUCUCUGUUAGCAGCUUAGUGUACCGUGAAAAUGGUCUCCUUUAUUCUCCACCCCUGAAAAAGUGGGAGAGCUUGGGGUACCUAGUCCUUUACUAGUGUCAGCAUCAGCCUGGGGCUUUCCUGCCCUGUGUGAGAGAACCAACUCCCUCCUGUAAUCAGGAAACCAAAUGUCACCUUCCAAAAGAAACUUUAUUCACAAAGAUGAAGUGCAAAACAAAUUACCAUUUUUAAUAAGCACAGAGUUUUAACACAGACUGUCUACAAGAAUUAUAGCUUUAAAAAAUACAACCAAUUUUUAUAUUUCAAAAAUAUCUCAACUCAAAUAAAUUAGUUUCUUAAAAAGUACACUUCUCAUACUAUUUGGCAUUUACUCUGGUUGAACUCUGUGCAGCCAUACCUACAAGCUGCUCUCACAUGUGUCUGGCAUAUUCUUGCCCUCGCCACUGUGAUGAUGAUUGCAGCUCACAUGGUGGUCAGAUUCACAUUCACACGCACAGAGGAACGAACAUGCAGUAAUAAAAUACUUCUCAAAAAAUAA